UGUCCCCACAGAUAUAAAUACUCGGGCCACACACACACAGUUGGUAAAAUUCCGACAGUCUUGAACGCAUCAUGAGUGAUGCUCCCGUUCGAUCCGUGUUAGCAUUCCGUUAGCAGAUUGGAAGCUAACGGGAUACAGACGUUAGCUCCACGGGGAUGUUCACGUCUCACUGCCACGCUCAGUAACACAGACUCUGGACGGUUCCGUGGGUUUGUCAUCGUCAAUCAUCGCUUCGAUUCGGACACACGGGAGACUGACUGGGGGUAAAGUGUGUCGAGAUGACGACGCGGUCGGAGAGAGAAAAAGCUCAGAAACAGAACGAGCAGCAUCAGGCCAUUCUGUCCAAAAUGCUGAGGGAAGAAGAUAAUAAAUACUGUGCCGACUGUGAGGCCAAAGGACCGCGGUGGGCGUCCUGGAAUCUUGGGGUCUUCAUCUGUAUCCGCUGUGCAGGCAUUCACCGCAACCUGGGCGUCCACAUCUCCAGGGUCAAAUCUGUCAAUCUGGACCAGUGGACACAUGAGCAGAUCCAGAGUAUGGUGGACAUGGGCAACAGCCGGGCCAGACGGGUGUACGAGGCCCAUCUACCAGAGACCUUCAGGCGGCCGCAGACGGACCAAGCCGUGGAGGUCUUCAUCAGGGACAAGUACGAGAGGAAAAAGUACCUGGACGAGAAGGCUCUGAAUACACCAGCGCAGAAGUCUGAAGCCGCUCCUUCGUCCACUUCACCAUCGUCCCAGGCUGACAAGAACAAAUCAGAGAGGGAGCGUGAGAAGAAAAAAGAGGAGAAGAAGAAGGAAGCUGAUAAAGUGGAGAGAAACAACAACGCAAAGAUGUCAGAACCCAGAGCUAGUCCCAAGAAAAGUGCAGCACCAACCGUCGACCUGCUGGGCCUGGAUGCUCCAGAGGCCGGAGGGAAAAACACAGGAGCAGCUGGACCAAUCAGCAACGAGCUGGACAUUUUUGGACCAAUGGUCUCCAACCCUCUCCCCUCAGCCAACAACACGCAGCAGGCCCAGUCACAGCCACAGACGGUUCCUGCCACCUCCUCCUCCUUCUCCUCCACCUCCUCCUCCUCUACCUCCACCACUGCCACCACAAAGGUGGAGGAGAAGAAGAAGCUUUUAUCCAAGGACUCCAUCCUGUCUCUGUAUGCCAGCAGCUCAGUGGGUUCUCAGCCACAGCAACACCAGCCUGCUGCAGGACCAGCAGGCAUGUACAUGGGCUACGUCCCAGGAGUGGGCGGCGGGGCCAUGAUGACCAGCAUGCCUUUGCCUAAUGGAAGCUACAUGGGAGUUCAGCAGCAGCAGCAGCAGGGCAUGAUGUCAACCAACCAGGGACAGGUCAUGUACGGCGUGCAGCAGCAGCAGCAGCAGCAGCAGCAGUGGAGCAUGAACCAGAUGACCCAGCAGAUGUCUGGCCUGGCGAUGAGCAGCGGAGAGUCGGCGUCAGGGUGGCCCGUGGCCCCGCCCGCAGCCUCAGGCCAGACCCUCAGUACUCAGCUGUGGAAGUGAUGACCUGCGGGUCAGGUCACAUGACGUCACGUGAGAGGCCGAGGCUAUGUUCAGAUUACUAGGACGAGGUGAAGCGUAGCGAACCCUAACGUAGAUUUAGACUUUACUCCGACUUUUUGUGCUGUGUGGACGUGGAACAUUUGGACAUUUACGGUUUAAAGUCAGUGACUCUAAUGCAGGACAUGUGUGCACCGGGCUGUGAUCUGUCAAAAAAAAACUUUUUUUUUCCUCCAGUACUGAUGUUAAACCAGGACUGUGUGGCCCCUGAACCAAAUAUGCUGAGGCUCCAAAGACUGUGCCGUGAUUAGUGAGAGUAAAAUACCAAAUUUAAAGAACCUGGUGGAGUGUCAGCGUCCCACUCUCAUCAAAUCAAAUCAGACGUGGGCUCAUUCAAAAUUCAACAACUUGGUUAGUAAUAUGAACCUAACCGUAAAGUGGCUGUUACAAAAACACACAAUAAGACCGUCGCUCCUGCACCGAUUCUCCUCCCAAAAACCUAAGACGAGGCAACAGAAAAAAAAAAACACCAGAGUUGCAGCUGCCGUCGUGUCCUGUCGUCGAAAUCCAGUUGAAAAAAUUAGAAAAAAAAAACGAGAAAGGGUCUCUUCACACCAGACGCACAGCGAUUUUAUUAGCAUCUGCGUUAUCUGUUAGCCGUUAGCGACUUUGGAGACACCAGUUUGCUG